UCCCAGAAUAAUGGAUUAUUUUACGUGCGGCAAGCGUAAUAAUCAUCACGCGAAUUUUGGGAACACUGUGCUGGUUAAUCGUGGUGAUCAAGUUUGGAUGCUGGCGUACGUUCAGGAUGUGGACGGCGACAACUUGUACGUCGACUAUGAUUGUUCCGCGCUGGUGCCUGGUUGGAUUCAAUCUGAAUAUGUGUGGCAGCACGUUUACGACGACAAGCCUUGGACACCGCAUAAUGUCUACGUUGCUGUACGCAGCAGCGCGGAGGGACCGUACAUCUUCCGUCCGGCCAGCGUGUUAGAAAUACAAGAACCCCUCCUCUAUGCAACAAUGUGCGCUAUGGUGUCCUUUAGUGCCACUGAAGGGAAUCCCGAAGCCAAACACGUGGUGCAUCAGUGGCAAAUUGUCGAACAGCUACCGACCGAGCAACCAUCGCUGGGUGGACGAGUGCGCGAGCUUCCCUUCCUCAAACUGACUAUUCGGUCAGACCAUAUUCAUCGCAUACACAAGCUCAAAGAGCACGAAAUUUUGCGAUUUAUGCAGCUAGUAAUUAGUGCCGCUAGAUACGAGUGCAAUUCGCUGCGCGCCCAAAAGGAUCGAUUCUUUGUGAAGUUGGAGAACGACCGGCUGGAAUGGCUGCUUAUGGAGGUGCAUGGAUGGGAUACAUUAGCAAAUAGAGCGAGCAGAAAUUUCGUUUUCAUGGCUAGUGCUAAACGGAGACUGUUAUGUGCUGCCGAGAAUCUCAUCGAAUUCUACACUAAUCCUAAAAGGGAGCAGGAAGCCCGCUGGACCGCUUACAUUUUAGCUUCAGCGCAGAACGGCUACGGUUUGCCAGAUUCGUUAGCUCUGCAGCGUGUUGCGAAUGAGUGGUUUGCACCAUGCAAAUGCCAAUAUCUAUUUCCAGUGCGCAGCAGAGACAGAUGUUUGUACAGAUAUGUUUGUGACCACACGGUUCCCAGUUCAGCAGGUCGCUUUGCUCAUUCAGACAGCAUAGUCUUCGUGCCAGGAACUUUUGCCGUCACUGUUUUGCCGGAAGUACUGCUGCAACUGGACAGCUGUUCUCGAGCUAGAAUGAAACGAGUGUGUCACCUGUGGAAUGAAGUGCUGAAAACCGUCUCCUUCGCGGCAUUCGUUGUAAUUGACUUCCUGACCAUCCGCCAAUAUCCUCUGGUUUGUGCCGAAACCCUUGGUUAUGUCAUUGGCUGUGUGGCCGAUCGCAGCGUGAACCGUUCCACCCAGACAUUAGCGCUACUGCAUCUCGGUCGACGCGGGAAUGUCUAUGGAGCAUUAAGCACUGUUGCUACUGUGCUAAGCCAAAGGAAGAUCCGGCUGGCAAUCGUUGUCAUUAAAAGCUGUGUUGUCACGCUCGAGUUAGACUGCGUCCGCAGGCCAAUGAAGCAUUUUCUGCACAAUCUAUCGUUUCUGAUGCCGUAUUGCCGGCGGUUGUUGCUCCGAGAUUACUCGAUUAUGAAUGUCUUCUGCGAUUGUUCCGAGCGGUAUCGGCCUUAUGAAUUUGGCUCUCGCCCGGGCAAGCCUCGUCUCCCUGUAACAUUCUUCAAAGAGGCUUUCGACUGCUCUGCCUUUUCCGAAUCCCAGGAGGAUGUUAUGUUCAUUGGUGUCCAUCAUUAUAUGGCUGCAUUGGAAAACAGUUUACCUCUAGUUGAUUUGGUCCGAGAACGCGUGCGCAGAAUGUGGGAAGUGAUGACGAAGAAAGCUGAGUAUCCGUUGGAAUGGAGACGCUUUCGAAAUUUUCUGACAUGCCAUUCAUUCGGCGAUGGAGUAAUCAGCAACGAGUACUGGCAAACUGCGGACCUACGUGAUUUCGACGCACUGCAUCUUAGCCGGUUCAUGCUGCAUCUACUGGGCGCCAGCACGGAACUGCCAUUUAAAUUUCAACCUCAUGAGGAAUGGUUUGUUCCCAAUGACCCUUAA